AUGGAGGCUGAGAGGAGAGGAGGCAGAGAGGUUCUGCCCCCCUUCACUGUCCAUCCCUGCUGUUCUACCCCCCUUCACUGUCCAUCCCUGCUGUUCUACCCCCCUUCACUGUCCAUCCCUGCUGUUCUGCCAGAGGUUCUGCCCCCUUCACUGUCCAUCCCUGCUGUUCUGCCCCCUUCACUGUCCAUCCCUGCUGUUCUACCCCCCCCUUCACUGUCCAUCCCUGCUGUUCUGCCCCCUUCACUGUCCAUCCCUGCUGUUCUGCCAGAGGUUCUGCCCCCCUUCACUGUCCAUCCCUGCUGUUCUACCCCCCUUCACUGUCCAUCCCUGCUGUUCUGCCAGAGGUUCUGCCCCCCUUCACUGUCCAUCCCUGCUGUUCUGCCCCCUUCACUGUCCAUCCCUGCUGUUCUACCCCCUUCACUGUCAUUCCCUGCUGUUCUGCCCCCUUCACUGUCCAUCCCUGCUGUUCUACCCCCUUCACUGCCCAUCCCUGCUGUUCUGCCCCCUUCACUGUCCAUCCCUGCUGUUCUGCCCCCCUUCACUGUCCAUCCCUGCUGUUCUACCCCCUUCACUGUCCAUCCCUGCUGUUCUGCCCCCUUCACUGCCCAUCCCUGCUGUUCUGCCAAGGCUUCUGCCCCCUUCACCGCCCAUCCCUGCUGUUCUGCCAAGGCUUCUGCCCCCUUCACUGCCCAUCCCUGCUGUUCUGCCCCCUUCAAUGUCCAUCCCUGCUGUUCUGCCAAGGCUUCUGCCCCCUUCACUGUCCAUCCCUGCUGUUCUGCCAAGGCUUCUGCCCCCUUCACUGCCCAUCCCUGCUGUUCUACCAAGGCUUCUGCCCCCUUCACUGCCCAUCCCUGCUGUUCUACCAAGGCUUCUGCCCCCUUCACUGCCCAUCCCUGCUGUUCUGCCCCCUUCCCUGCCCAUCCCUGCUGUUCUGCCAAGGCUUCUGCCCCCUUCACUGCCCAUCCCUGCUGUUCUUCCAAGGCUUCUGCCCCCUUCACUGUCCAUCCCUGCUGUUCUGCCCCCUUCACUGUCCAUCCCUGCUGUUCUGCCAAGGCUUCUGCCCCCUUCACUGUCCAUCCCUGCUGUUCUACCAAGGCUUCUGCCCCCUUCACUGCCCAUCCCUGCUGUUCUACCAAGGCUUCUGCCCCCCUUCACUGCCCAUCCCUGCUGUUCUACCAAGGCUUCUGCCCCCUUCACUGCCCAUCCCUGCUGUUCUACCAAGGCUUCUGCCCCCUUCACUGCCCAUCCCUGCUGUUCUGCCAGAGGUUCUGCCCCCUUCACUGUCCAUCCCUGCUGUUCUGCCAAGGCUUCUGCCCCCUUCACUGUCCAUCCCUGCUGUUCUGCCAAGGCUUCUGCCCCCUUCACUGUCCAUCCCUGCUGUUCUGCCCCCUUCACUGUCCAUCCCUGCUGUUCUGCCAAGGCUUCUGCCCCCUUCACUGUCCAUCCCUGCUGUUCUGCCAAGGCUUCUGCCCCCUGCUGUUCUGCCAGAGGUUCUGCCCCCUUCACUGUCCAUCCCUGCUGUUCUGCCAGGGCUUCUGCCCCCUUCACUGCCCAUCCCUGCUGUUCUGCCAGAGGUUCUGCCCCCUUCACUGUCCAUCCCUGCUGUUCUGCCAGGGCUUCUGCCCCCUUCACUGUCCAUCCCUGCUUUCUGCCCCCUUCACUGUCCAUCCCUGCUGUUCUGCCAAGGCUUCUGCCCCCUUCACUGCCCAUCCCUGCUGUUCUGCCAAGGCUUCUGCCCCCUUCACUGUCCAUCCCUGCUGUUCUGCCCCCUUCACUGUCCAUCCCUGCUGUUCUGCCAAGGCUUCUGCCCCCUUCACUGUCCAUCCCUGCUGUCCUGCCCCCCUUCACUGUCCAUCCCUGCUGUUCUGCCAAGGCUUCUGCCCCCUGCUGUUCUGCCAGAGGUUCUGCCCCCUUCACUGUCCAUCCCUGCUGUUCUGCCAAGGCUUCUGGCCCCCUGCUGUUCUGCCAGAGGUUCUGCCCCCUUCACUGUCCAUCCCUGCUGUUCUGCCCCCUUCACUGCCCAUCCCUGCUGUUCUACCCCCUUCACUGUCCAUCCCUGCUGUUCUGCCCCCUUCACUGUCCAUCCCUGCUGUUCUGCCAAGGCUUCUGCCCCCUUCACUGUCCAUCCCUGCUGUUCUGCCCCCUUCACUGCCCAUCCCUGCUGUUCUGCCAAGGCUUCUGCCCCCUUCACUGUCCAUCCCUGCUGUUCUGCCCCCUUCACUGCCCAUCCAUGCUGUUCUGCCCCCUUCACUGUCCAUCCCUGCUGUUCUGCCAAGGCUUCUGCCCCCUUCACUGUCCAUCCCUGCUGUUCUGCCAAGGCUUCUGCCCCCUUCACUGUCCAUCCCUGCUGUUCUGCCCCCUUCACUGUCCAUCCCUGCUGUUCUGCCUAGGCUUCUGCCCCCUUCACUGUCCAUCCCUGCUGUUCUGCCCCCUUCACUGUCCAUCCCUGCUGUUCUACCCCCUUCACUGUCCAUCCCUGCUGUUCUACCCCCUUCACUGCCCAUCCCUGCUGUUCUGCCAAGGCUUCUGCCCCCUGCUGCACAUCUUACACCCUGCAACCCCCUGCCCCCUCCCUGCCCCCUGCUGCACAUCUUACACCCUGCAACCCCUGCCCCCUCCCUGCCCCCCUGCUAA